AUGGCUCCCAGUACCAUCUUAGAACACUCACCCGAUGCUUCGCCCGCUAUGUCCGAAGUUUCGAGCUUCCCGCAGUCCAGCGAGACUUCGAUGUCAGACCUGCCUGAGUCCAUCGAGCAGCCGAAGGGGUAUCGGUCUGUUCGAGUCCCAGACAUGUUUUCUUCCAUAAUGGCCACGAAGCCAGUAGUGAACCCGAAUUACUUCAAGGUGAAAGCCGAGGGUGAUCGAUGGAUUGCAAGAAUUAUGAACUUUGACGAGAAAGCCGCUGCAAGGAAUGUCAGGGUAGACCUGUGUUUCCUUGCGUCGAUAUGGGCACCAUUCGCGGAUGAAGAAGCUCUCCGGAUGAUGCUGGAUUGGAACCACUGGUUUGAUGAAGGCCACCUAAAGACCGAUCCGGUUGCCGCGCAGGACGAGGUCGAUAAAACCACGGCAAUUAUGGAUGAAGGUGCACCUUUGAUUAAGCCGGGCGAUAACCCGAUCCGAUAUGUCUUCCAGACGUGCUGGCUGCGUUUGAAGAAAAGAGCAUCCCUAGAACUACAGCAACGGUACAGGGAGCAGCACGUGAGAUUUUUCGACCAGUUAGUGAUACAGGUGAAGCAAGAGGCUAGCGGGCAGACUCUGAGCCGUGACGUGGACACAUAUAUAGAAGUUCGUCGGGGAACGAUCGGGGCAUACCCUGCUAUCGCGCUCACGGAAUACGGCCUAGGACUCAAGCUGCCCGAGAGCGUCUUUUCCCACAACUCGAUGCAGGAAUGCAUGCGCGUAUCAGCAGACCUAGUACUUUUGGUCAAUGACGUGCUAUCAUAUCGCAAAGACUUGGAACUCGGUGUCGACCAUAACUUAAUCGCUCUCCUGAUGGAGCAAAACAAGACUCUACAGGAAGCGGUUGAUCACAUCGGCGGCAUGAUCGACAACUGCUACAAGCGGUGGUAUACCGCGCUCGCGGAACUGCCUUCCUACGGGGAGAAGAUAGAUGCUGAGGCUCUUGGUUUCGCCGAGGCCUGCCGUUGUGUUGCUCUGGGUAAUUUACACUGGAGCUUUAAGACAGGUCGAUACCUCGGCCCCGAAGGACAAGAUGUCCACGAAACGAAGAUCAUGUACGUUCCACAGUAG